AUGAUACGUACGGCAGGCAUUCGAUUGCCAUUGUGUAUCCGUCAGAGCUUCGUGAGCUCAAGGGGUAUUCCUUCUGGACAAUGGCAGGCUCAAAAGUCCACUAUCAGGCACUUUGUCCGCUCGGCGCGCCGCCUUGAAUCGGAUGCUUCUGUACAGCUUCCUGGGUUCUUGGAGGCUUAUAAGAAAGCGGUGGAAUUCCCUGCUGCCACACAUGACUUUGAAACAUUUCUCUCACAAGCCCAGCCAAACACCGAAGUGGUUCUCCAUGGAUAUCUGGGUCAGCGCGCAGAUCUGUCGAAGAAGCUAUCGUUUGUGCGUCUGACCGACCCAACGAUGAAACACAGUCUUCAAGUAGUCGGGUUUGCGAAAAACGAUGCCUUUGAGAAACUCAAGACGAUCAAUGCCAACAGCCCCGUCGCUGUGCGUGGCAUCGUGCAGCAGAAAAAGAAGAAAGCUUCAGAUAAUGGGAGCAGUGCUGCGGAUUCGUGGGAACUCGCCCUUGAGGAUAUCCAUGUCUUGAACGAUUUUCCAAAGGAUAUCAUCAUGACCUCCGAGACGGUCUUUGCGCCCGAACAAAGAUACCUUCAACUCCGGUCUGAUGCCGAGCUACGUGAGGCGCUUCGUUUUCGUGCGGAGGUUCGGAAUGUCUGCAAAAAGGAGCUUGAAGAGAACAACCAACCGGCAUUUGUGGAGAUCGAGACGCCUCUUCUGUUCAAGUCCACGCCAGAAGGUGCGCGUGAGUUUUUGGUCCCGACGAGGCGACCUGGACUGGCAUAUGCGUUGCCUCAGAGCCCACAGCAAUACAAACAGAUUCUGAUGGCAAGCGGUUUACCACGUUACUAUCAGUUUGCGCGCUGUUUCCGCGAUGAGGAUCUCCGCGCCGACAGACAGCCCGAAUUCACCCAGCUGGAUCUGGAGAUGUCGUUCGCCACGGGCGAUGAUGUGAUGCGGACCGUGGAAGGUGUGAUUCGUCGACUUUGGUCAAGUCUGAUGAACACCCCAGCGCCAGAGGGUCCUUUCCGAAGAGUUGCGUACCAGGAAGCCAUGGCCAAAUAUGGGUCAGACAAACCAGACACGAGAUAUGGCAUGGAAAUCAUGCGACUGGACUACUUAUUGCCAGUCGACCUCGUCAUGAAGAUCUCGCCGCUGGCCGAUCCCAUUGUGGAAGCAUUCAAACUGGAAAACAUGAACAACGACCCGGCUGAGACUCAAAGAUUCAUUACGGAAUUCUUAGACUCGCCCGCCGGUGCCCCCUUUAACAACAACCCUCACGGUGGACCCGGUGUUUUCGUAUACAAUGGCAAACAGCCCCUUUGUGGAUUACAACCAUUCGGCUUUGAGGCUGCCGAAAAGGUCGAAGAGCUUCUUGAUCCAGAUCACGGCGAUCUGAUCAUCCUACAGGCUCGCCCUCGCGCCCCAUUCGCCGGUGGCUCAACACCCCUGGGUGACCUCCGCCGCGCUCUCCACGCCCACGCAGUAUCAACGGGCUUCAAAGACACUCCCACCGGAUUCGACUUUAUGUGGGUCGUUGAUUUCCCUCUCUUCUCGCCAUCUUCCGAAUCCGAACCCGGCCAAGGCGGCGCCGCCGGCAUCUCUUCGACUCACCAUCCAUUCACUGCCCCCAAAAGUGCGGCUGACGUUGAACUCCUCCUCACCGAUCCCACCAAAGCCGUAGCCGACCAUUACGACCUCGUCGUCAACGGCGUCGAGCUCGGCGGCGGAAGCCGACGUAUUCACGACGCUGCCGUCCAAGAAUUUAUCUUCCGCGACAUUCUCAAGAUGCCCGCAGAACGUCUAGAAGAUUUCUCUCACCUGUUGGAUGCCCUCCGCGCCGGAUGUCCGCCGCACGCGGGUCUCGCACUUGGCUUUGAUCGACUUGUCGCCAUAAUGCUGGGGAAGGAGUCCGUUCGGGAUGUCAUUGCUUUUCCAAAGACUGGUAGGGGUGGUGACGAUGCUAUGGUUCGAGCGCCAAGUCCCAUGACUGAGGCUUCGCUUGAGACGUACCAUUUACAGCUGAGGAAACCUGCGUAG